AUGCUUCACACCGACCGUCACUCGUUUGCCGAGAUGGGCUCACAACAGGCACCGCACGACUCUGAACCCCAACCACCUGGCGCAUUGUCUAGGCUUCCUUCGACUGCAGCACUGCUCUCCUUCACCUCUGUCCCCCUUUGCGCACUAAAUGACCCCUCUUAUUUGGUCACCGACGGUCCCAUUCGAGGCCAGUCUCCUCUGGGGCUCGCCUGCUAA